AUGGCGGGUGCUGCGGACAAAUCAGAAGAUGAGCAACUCGACGAGCUCUGGCAGCAGGCCAGAGGCGAAUACGAGAGAUUGACGAAGAGAAGCCUCGACAACGCAGCUCGUCUUACCCCCCAAGAUCUAGAAGCGAAGCGUGAUGAGUUCUCUCAGUCGGACCGAGGGGAACUGGUGAAGAAAUCAGCGGAAGGUGUUUUCCAAGUUGCCAAGUUCGCGGCGGAGGCGGCAUCGUCGGUUUUUCCAGCAGCAUCCAUGGUAAUCACCGCCCUGUCUGCUUUGGGCGAUACCGUGCAUCACUACCGGGCCAACUUCAUUCCAAAGAACGUGCUGGAGCAACUGCAGCGUGUUGAAGAAUGUCUCGAUCGAGUGGAAGGUUAUUUCAGGAUUUACGAGCAGGGUAUCGACCUUGAUCCACGGUUAAGGGCGACGACUAUGCAAAUCCUCGUCGAAACACUGCGUUUGUGUACCAUCUACACCAAGGUGGCUCAAGACUCUAAAUCUCCUACUGGCGUCAUCAAAAACCUUUUAAAAGCAGCAGUCAGAUGGGACGGCGGAAUUGCAUCCAGACUGGAGGAAAUCAAUGAAAUGAGCCAACGAGAGCUUAACAACAAUGUCGCCGCUCUUCGGGUCUCAGACAUUUACACCAACGAUAGCAAGAUCCGCAAAGCCAACUCGGAGAAAUUGAGGAGGUACUUGCAAGUCAGCGGAAAUGAGGAAUCCUGGACCGACAUGCAGGAAUCACUCAAGACGACAUCACUUCCCGGAAUGGGCGACUGGCUCUUCGAGUUACCGGAGGUUAAAACUUGGAUCGACAUCGACAACCACACCGGGAAUUCAGUGCUUCUUAUUGACGCUCCAAGCGGCCAUGGCAAGAGUCAUCUUUGCUCUCGAAUCAUUCGGUCUCUAGAGGAGCGGCGGGAUAGGCAACAACAAAAGACCCGGAUGUCACUCGCGUGGUAUUUCUUCCCGGAAAAACAUACCGAAAUGGGUUCCGACUCAAAGAGGAAAACAACGAAGUCAGACGAGACCGAGCGUAUCGCUCUCGAUGAGGCUUUGAAAAGUCUUGUAUGGCAACUGGCCGAGAACGAUGGGAAAUUUCAAGAUUUUGUCAUAAAAACGCUCGAGAAAAGUCCUGCAGCACAGUCAAACGGCUUGAACAUAUGGAACAUGCUUAUUAUGGCGUUUUUCAAAUGCCCCAGGCAGGAGACGCAGAAGCCACGGAAGGUCGUAUUCUUGGUCCUUGACGGAUACGGUAACCUCGAAAACCAACAAACGGACCACAGUAUUAUCAAGGCGAUCAUAGAGCACGCGAAUUCGCGUUCCAGGCGAUCGACCCAGCUCCGAAUCCUUCUCUCUGGGAAUAAAAGUUUCUACAACCCAAAUGUUCACAACCUGACCGCCACCAGCUUCUUCGAAGAUGACCAGCGCUCGGACGCGAAGAUCUUCAUCAAGAGUUGGCUUGAUGAGUCACAUGAGCGCUGGGACAGUGGGAGCGAAGGCCACAGAAUAUUUUGGGGCAUACGGAGAGACCUGGUAUCCGAUUUUACAGGAAACUAUCACGAUCUAGAGGCAUGGCUGCACGAGGUUCGACGUUCGAGCGACAGGGGACUGUCGGAUCUAUAUAAUCUUCAGGGAGAGGUCCGAAAGGGUCCGGAAAUCAUCACGCAGCGUAAACUGGAGAUGUUGAAUGAAGAGCUCGGAAGCGACGACAUCGAGAUCUUUAACGAACUGAUCCUCUGUAUGGUUUACUGGUGCACCUGGCCUACCGUUCAGCAACUCAACGCCUACCUUUCACUCCGGCUUGGAACAAAGUUCAAAACCUCGAUCGAUGCCGGGAUUAACGACAAGUUUGCACGACUUGUGUCAGUUGAAAAUGGACGGAUCGUGUCGUCCAGGCUUUUGGGAUUCUUUCGUGAGAAUCAAAUUACGACACUGAACAUUACUUCAGACAAGGGUCAACAUGAGGACCGGCACAAUAGCCAUGAGGACAGUGUGGCAAUCCCCAAGUGGGUCGUCGAGUAUCUUUGCAACAGAAAACCGACCGACGUUAUAAACACCGACUUUAUCAAGUUCCUAGUCGAGAAACCCACGGUAUCAAAACCCACCAUCCACUUUGAUCCCGUACCAAGAGCCUUGGACACGAUCGACUUCUUUCUCCAAACCAUGGGGCAGAAGCAUUACUUGGAGCGUGCUGAAUCGAAAUAUCUAUUCGAGUAUACCUCCAUAUGGUUACCAGAUCACAUGUCUGACUUCGAAGACGAGCUCGGGAAUCUUCCAGAUGAAAGGAGAAAAGGUCUGGGGGAAGCAUUGUAUCCUGUCUUCAUGGAUGAGCAGGUCGUCGAAACAUGGAUGUUGAAGGGCGAUAUUGGCGACUUUCUAUGGACAGACUGGCCGCGAAAGGUGCGAAAGGCACAGAAAUGGCUGGCAAAUGACGGUGUGAUAAUUGGAUUCCGCGUACAAGCAAACGUUCCCGAAGACCACUCGGCCAUCGCACAACAGAGAGUCCAAGAGGAUGUUCCCGCCCCUGGAACCUCUGAUGUUGAGAUUGAACAGGAGCAGACCGAGGGUGGAGCAAAAUCAAUACAGAACGAACAACCUGCCAUAGAGUUGUAUGAAAUUCUUGACGCUCCAUCAAAGGUUGUAGCAUCUCAAUGGCUCCAGGAAAGCCGCUGGCCGGCCAUAGAUGCUUUGAAUUUCUUGCUGAAGAUAUUUCGUGAGAUAUAUACUUCGAAACAACAUUCAGGACGACAAACGCCUUCUGCGUUGGAUCGAGAACUGUACGGCUUGGUGGGAGACUUUCUGGAUGGCAAGGGUUCGGGCUCACUUUCUCCAGAACAGAUCGCAACAGCUGAGAAAUGGGCUUUAUCUCUGCUCGCAAUUCCAGAGGCGCAGUCACGCCGCAACACAACACAUGACAUUCGCCUCGCUGAAACCUUCAUGGGCAGUGGCCACAAAAAAGGGUUCGAAGAGGCAGAACGACGGUGCGAGCUCGUCAAGAUGCGAGACCCUCUAGAUAUCAAAGCUCCGCUAUGUCUUUCUCACGCCCUCGAGAAGAAGAAUCGUACAAGGCAGGCUCUCGACGAGCUUCUCAAAAUACGGCAUAAUAUCCAGAGUUCGAAUUUCAGGAAGUCCGACCCUGACACAUGGCAAAAAGAGCUGGAGCGAUUCUGGCUGUUAUGCGAUGGCACUAACAGUUCAAAGGAAGCGUUCACGGCAUGCAGCUAUCUUUCGAACGAGUUUCCAGAAGAGACGUUUCCGCUUGACAAAGCAUGGGAGUGGAUCAUGAAACAAGACCAACUAGAUGCGAGCUUCGAAAUUCUGGCCAUGAAGCGGAGACCUGGUGGAGACAGCAUCCUAUCCAACCUGUUUCACUCGAAGGCUCAGUCCGACGACUUCCACGGAAAAUUCGUCUUUGCCGCUCAAGGCCACCAGAGACUCGUCUUGGAGACGUAUGAAGACGCCAUCAAGGCAUGCAAGUCUCCCAUGGAUGCCGUCCUUCUCCGAUACCACUAUGGAAAAGCACUUUACCAAUGUGCUAAAGUGGAAGACGCUUUGAAAGCCUGGGAGGAGAGCUUAGACCUACUCCAAGAAGCUAGGGCAUCGAACGACAACCCUUCAACAGUCAUUCGAUCCCUUAGUCGUGUUGCCGAACGACUUGGAUCAGCAUAUCUUGAGAUCGUUCUCAACAGCAAAGACACUCAAUCUUUGGCGUCUUACGUCGACAAGCUAAGGCAAUCCAAAACACAAAUCGACGAAAAACACUUCCUUGAAGUGAACUACCUGUCGCUGCUUCUAGCCCGCGCGUACUACGUCACGGGCCAGCGCCAGAAAGCGGUUGCCGCUAUCGAAAAUCAUCUUUCGACAGCUUUCAACCUUCUCGAAGACGACACGGACGACAACGACUGGAAUGGGUACUUCAUGCUUGCAGAGGCUCUCAUUCUGCUCGAGGAUGAUCGCAAUGCACGCGCUGCGUGGUCCCUGAUUGUCAACGUUCCAGAUGCAGAUCGCGCGCGCGACCUUUCGAUCACCUGCGAUGGUGACUGCGGGUGGAUAUGGUCUGGUUCGAGCGAUCUGCAGAAAGACAUAUUCAUUUGCAGAAACUGUCCGCACAUGCAUUUUGAGAAUGACUGUCACCAGCUGCUCUUGGACAACAAGCUCGGGCAUGUUUGUGGAUCCAACCACGAUUUCUUACAAAUUACCAAGAGGAAAGGGUCGGAAGUGGAUCUGAUAAAGCUCAAAAAGGUGCUUGUCGGCAAAGUCGAGAUGAAGAUCGAUGACUGGCUGGCCGGUCUUAAAUGCCGCUACGGAAUACCAUCGACAGAGUUGAGCUUGCCAAGCCGGGCUGUGGAGGCAACACGCAUAACCGGGUGGAAGAUUCGUAGGCAGAUCAGUACGGCAAUGGGCUUGGGUCGGACUAUGAGCUCCAAGCUUAAAGCCUGA